AUGCCGUCCGACAGCAGCGUGGCAUAUGCUGCGAUAUACCGACAUCUGCAUGCGUCCGGAUGGGCCCGAGACGGCGGAAAUGACCCGUCAAGCAUCAUUUUGGUCGUAGGCCUUAUAGGGCGACCAAUGGGGGUGGGGAGACCUCCACCACCAGGAACAUCGCGACUCCACCGAGGUUACACUCGACUUCAGAUCCUGACGAUUAAAUGGCCGGAGAAGGGCCAGACUAGCCCGGAUAAGGCUAGAGGCGUCGCCAGCUGCCCCUUACUGCGUAUUGCUGACUCUCACUCUCACUCUCAACUUCACUUCACCUUCAACUUCUUCCAUUUCUUCUCUCGUUUAGCUGCGCGCAACAUGGCUGAUGACGCGACUUAA